AUGUGCUUGAAUGUGGCAAUAUUAUUAAAUGUCUUUAACUUGUUUAUAACAGUACAAUUUAUGCUCUUCAGGAUGUGGACAUUGAUAUGGUACUCGAGUAUUCUCGCUAUUUUGGUGGCUGACAUACGAACGGGUGCACUGAAAAGUAUAGAUAUACCGCCACAGCGGUGUUACGAGUGUGUAAAUGCAAACAGUACGACACAGUGUUCUUUUCAAAAAGCUCCUGUUUUAUGCCCCGCACAACAACCGCUUUGUGGAACAGUAGCCGUUGGACCAAGUUUUACUUCAUUUCUCAAAUGUUUACCCGCCUUCAAGACUACUUGUUCUAUAAAAGUUACUACACACGCAACAUUAAAAAUGUCUUGUGUAUGUACUGAACAACUUUGCAAUGCGCCUUUCUCAAAAAAUAUUCAAAAUGAACUGCUACAUUUUGAAAAGGAUAAAUUAUUAGAAAACAGCAGUGACCUAACAACUACUUUUUUUAAAUCUCUCAAACUAGAAAAUGUAACAGAUCUAUACAAAACCAUUACAUUCAAUGAACAAAAAGAAAAGAAUAUUUCGACGAAUAACAAUUCGACACCGCCACCUGUUUUAAAAUUAACAGAACUACCGUUAGUGAAUUUUAACAAUUCAAUCAAAGUCGGUGCUCCACAUGCAGAGCAGUUAAAGCACGAAGCGACGGUGCCGCCAGACGAUGAUGAGGAUGAAAGUGAAGGAAGUGGAUCAUACGAGGAUUCUAGAUCACAAAAAAAUCCACCAUCUGCCCCAGCUGCACCUAGUUCAUAUCUACCAGCAGAGGAAAACAAAGCGUCUUUAGAUUUCAUAAACGCUUUAGCUGUAGUACCUUUAAUAAUUUGUAUUAUCCUUUAA